AGCCAUGAACAAGUCUAUAGCUUUUGUGUUUCUCCUCGGGAUCCUCAUAAUCUCGGCUGUGCCUGGAUACAAGGGAAAUCUUAAUCAAACACAAGGUUCCAACGCAACCAACGCAACCAAUGAAACCAAUGCAACUCAAGUACUCAUUACUACAGCUUCCAACGCAACCCAAAGAUCUAUAAAUAGUGGUUAUUUCAACUUAACUCAAAUACCCACACCCUCUACGAGUGGUGCUCCCACCAACUCCAGUUUGUCAGCAAGGUGCAGCAGAAAGACCAUUCUACUCAGGAAACCCCACGGUAGAAUCCGUUCCCCAAACUUCCCUAACAACUAUGACGUAAACCAAGUAUGCACUUGGAAAGUACAAGUACCUCGUGGAUACCUUAUCAAGGCCCGCUUCGGAUCAAUUGAUCUUCAAAAUUCAGAUAAUUGCCAAAAGGAUAAAGUUAUGCUGUCCAGUUCAAAACAGUUUCGAAAUCCACACAUACACUGUGGAAGUGCAGUGCCAUUCAGAUUCAUAUCCAAAAAAAACACUCUCUGGGUUCAAUUUUACUCUGAUCAGUCAAUCACUGGCAAGGGAUUCUCCAUAACCUACACAGCAAUUGAUGAAAACGAGUGCAAAAUGGAUGUGUGCACAUUUCCCACGCUGUGCACAAACACGCUUGGAAGUUUUGUGUGUGGCUGCCUUGAUGGUUAUGUCAGCAAAGGGCGAAAGCAGGAGGCGACUUGCGUGGACAUUAAUGAAUGCAAAUAUAAUAAUGGAGGUUGCCAACACAAGUGCGUGAACACGAGAGGGAGCCAUUAUUGCAAGUGCAGAAAAGGCUAUAAACUAGCACCGGACGGGAAAAGGUGCAGAGCAGGUAGAAGCGAGUGCACUAAGAACAACGGAGGAUGUUCCCACCUCUGCAUUAACACAAGAUCCUCGUACCGCUGCGCAUGUCCAUCGGGAUAUGCGCUGAACUCUGAUAAAAAAACGUGUUAUCUUGAAAUUUCCUUUACCAAUGACCAAUACAUGGUGAAAGUAAGUGAAAGUACGCGUCUUCACACGGUGGUUAGUAAACUACAGGCAAGAACUUUCCCGGAUAGACGCAUCAUCACUUACGCUCUUUUAUCGGAGAACCUCAAGACACCUACGAUUUUUGAAAUCAACUCAAGAACUGGAGAAAUUAUUCUUAGUAAAAGACCCGACAUACGCGAAAUGCGAACUUUCCUACUUGAGAUUGAAGCUAGCAGUUUUGAUGGAAAGAAGCAUAGAUCAGCCAAGGCAUUUGUACUCAUUAACUUUUCAAAAGUUCAAAGCCGCGGAGGGUCUUUGUCUUUUACACGUUCGUCUUUUUAUGUCAAGGUUCCUUGUAACACGCCAUUAAAUACAACUGUUUAUCGCGCUCAGACAAAAAACACAGGGAGGGGUGGUAGCACUCGAAUCAGCUUUCUACGAAAGUUAGAUCACUUUUCAAUCACUGGGGGAGGAAAAAUCAAGAUUCAAAGAAGUCUUCUGCCGUUUUGUGAUGUUACUCCUUCAAAGAAAUUUCGAACAUCUGUUGCAGCCCGCGACACCUCAGGCACGAAACGAAAUGCGCAUGCUUUGCUGCAGAUCGAGAUAACACCGCCAAUACGACUGCCUCAAGGCAAUGCUGGCAGUAGAAGUUAUCUUUGAAAAAACUUGUUCCACCAGACAGUGCCGAAGCGCUGAUUCUCCGUUGCGCGGGAAAUGGUCACAACAGAAUGGAAACAGCUUCACUGGCUUUCACUGGAUUUCAUCGCAAGAAGUGGUGUAUCGCCUGGUAACUACGGAAAGUAUGUCCACCUGACAAAACAAUCAUGAAAAAGCACCUAUGUUAACGACCACGCAAUACGAAAAAAGCGCUAACGUAGAAAUAUUAUUUAAUUCGACGUAUCUCAGAGACUCUGCAAUAAAAUUGUGGUAAGGACAAAACAGCAUGACAAUGAAUCCAGGUCGAUGUUUGGAAGGUUAAAGAGAGGUACAGUCGGAUGUAGGCGUGAGAAAUGACACUGUGUUUUACCUUUAAAAAAUAAACACAACAGAUAAGGUUUUUAAAA